UCCUCGGUCCAGUGCUGUAGUCUUCUGGCGCCGGCAUCUUUAGUGUCUGCAGUCUCUUGGUCAUCCCCUGUACUGUCUGCAGUCUCUGGUCAUCCCCUGUACUGUCUGCAGUCUCUGGUCAUCCCCUGUACUGUCUGCAGUCUCUGGUCAUCCCCUGUACUGUCUGCAGUCUCUGGUCAUCCCCUGUACUGUCUGCAGUCUCUUGGUCAUCCCUGUACUGUCUGCAGUCUCUUGGUCAUCCCCUGUACUGUCUGCAGUCUCUUGGUCAUCCCCUGUACUGUCUGCAGUUUCUUGGUCAUACCCUGUACUGUGUCUGCAGUCUCUGGUCAUCUACUGUACUGUCCGCAGUUUCUGGUCAUCUCCUGUAACUGUGUCCGCAGUCUCUGGUCAUCUCCUGUAGUAUGUCUGCAGUCUCUGGUCAUCUCCUGUACUGUGUCCGCAGUCUCUGGUCAUCUCCUGUACUAUGUCCGCAGUCUCUGGUCAUCUCUGUACUAUGUCCGCAGUCUCUGGUCAUAUCCUGCAUUGUCCGCAGUCUCUGGUCAUCUCCUGUACUAUGUCUGCAAUCUCUGGUCAUCUCCUGUACUGUCCGCAGUCUCUGGUCAUCUCCUG